AUGUUAGUCCCAGUGCUAACGCUGCUGGGCACACUGACUGCCACAGGCACUCUAGUGUACCAUUUCGAUGAACGACUCCCCGUGGUGCGAUUCCGUCUUCUGACCACCUUCCUUGUCCUCUCUUCUGGCCAGCUUCUACUCUAUGCUUUGUGGAAGGUGUUUCUGAAGCCACUCUGCUUCUCUCCGUUCAAGCACCUGCCCAAGCCUCCGCUGGAUCAAUGGCCACUUUGGAGAGAUCAUGAAGAUGGGCAACGGGGAGGCCGAGCUCAAGUGGGUAUCAUCCAUUGUCGAGGCAUCCUGAAUGGCGAGCGUCUCAUAGUGUCCUCGCCCACAGCGCUUGCCAAGAUCGCCAGUGACAACUACACCUUCAUCAAGCCCAUGGCGAUCAAGCUGCUAGCCGGCCGCGUGCUGGGCAUGGGCCUUGUCCUGACCGAGCGCGACGAGCACAAGCAGCAGCGCAAGCUCUUCCUGCCGCCGUUCGCCCCGAAGCAUAUUCGGGACCUCUACCCAACCUUCUGGCGGAAGAGCCGCGAGGUUACAGAACGGAUGGGCGACGAGAUCCACGCCACGGGGGCCGGGAAUGGCGUUUUCGAGAUUGGUGAAUGGGCAGCGCGCGUGGCGCUGGAUAUCAUCACCCUGUCGACCAUGGGCAAGGAUUUUGGCUCGGUUCACGAUGCCGACGCGCCGCUGGCUAAGGUGUACCACACUGUGUUGCAACCGACUUUGGGCCAUGUGGUGAUCGCCGUGCUGAAGAAUUUCCUGCCCGCACGACUGGUGGAGGCCCUACCGCUGCGGUCUAAUCGGCAUCAGGGAGACGCCUACGACACGAUACGCGGGGUGUGUCGGGGCCUACUGAGGGAGAAGAAGGACCAGCUGGCAGGCCACCAUCUAGGCGGCAAGGAUAUCCUGAGCGUGUGCCUGCGAUACGAGGAUAUUGCCGGCGUCGACGAGGAGGAGGUCAUCAACCAAAUGACGACCAUCCUGGGAGCAGGCCAUGAGACCAUCUCGGUGGGCAUCACCUGGGCUAUCUAUAUGCUCUGCUUGCACCGGGACUGGCAGGCCCGGCUACGCGAGGAGGUGCGUGCCACGCUGCCCUCCCCCGACCGCGUGCAGGAGUCUGCGUCCAGCGCCGAUGUCGAGCGUAUGCCGCUGAUGCGCGCCUUUCUGGAGGAGGUGCUGCGGUGGUAUCCGCCCAUCCCCAUGACCAUGCGUGAGUCACUGGUCGAUACGGAGCUGGAUGGCCAGUACGUGCCCCGGGGCACGCGCAUCGUGGUCCCCAUCAAGGCCAUCAACCGCGAGGAGAGGUAUUGGGGGCCCGAUGCGAAACGGUUUAGCCCGUCGCGGUGGCUGAAGAACGACCGUGAGUUUAACCCAAGUGGUGGGGUAUCGAGCAAGUACGGCUAUCUGUCUUUCAUGCACGGCCCUCGCAGCUGCGUGGCGUCCGAAUUUGCCCGCGCUGAGAUGGCAUGCGUGGUAUCGGCGUGGGUAGGACGCUUUGACUUGGACCUUUCGGACGAGCGCUUUCGGGACGAGGAGAAUAUGAGGACGUCGAACGGCAAUUUUUCAGGGAAGCCCCUAGAAGGGCUGUAUGUGCGGGCACAGGUGCUGGAGGGCUGGUAG